AUGGUAAAGCUGUACACGUUUCACAUGUUCAACAAAAAAGUGUGUCUGUCUCUCUUCUCCUCGCGGUUCGAGUUUUUAUCAAAACAAACCUCUUUUCUAACUCUCUCUGACGCUGACAUUUCCUCUCUCUCUUUCCCCAACAACACUUUCCAGGGCGAAAUCGUCUACUACCACGAGUGGUCGCGACCGUACCCUCGAAACGUAAACGUCCACGAAGAGACGAAAACGUUGUUCGGACUCUUCUUUACGAUGAAUCAGUUCGCGAUGAAAAUGGACCCGAUGAAAGGAGCGCUCGGCGACAACCACUUCCGCGCCUUCCGCACGAACAACUACAAGUUCCACUUUUACGAAACGAAAACUGGAUUACGAUUACUGCUCACUACCGAACCCGGGUGCGCGGAUUUACACGAACACCUGCGUGUGAAAAUCCACCAAACGCUCUACGUUGACGGCGUUUUAAAGCGCGGAUCCGGCAAAGCGAGGUACGCGGCGAACGCGCCGUUUGAAUGCGACGCGUUUCGAGAAGGAUUGCUCGACUGGGGGAAGAAAUUAGCGCACACAUAG